CGACGAAAACCGCUGUCGGCCAUUACUGUUGCAGUUGUCGUACCGUACACACCGUGCGCAAUUGUCAAUUUUAAUAGUACACUUUUUUUACCAACAACGCGUUUUUACUGUAAACGCGUCGCAAACUUACGUUUAAAACAUUUUCACGUCGAUAAACAGUCGAAACGUCAGAAUGACUGAAGACUACUUUUGGGGAGUUACUUUGGAUAAGACUAAGGUUACCGAAGUGUGGGAUCCUGAUGUAAAACCAGAUGCCAAUGACAGUUCUCACGUUUUCCGUGGAGAACAUACUUUGCUUGUCAAACAGGCUGUUCUUGGACCAGAAGUACCAGAUGAUGAAGUUAAUGUCAUCGAAGUAGAAGCAAUGGGUUACAAAUCUGAUAUUAAGUUCCCUGUUGUUGUAUUGAAAGGAGGUACUGGUCAUAGUCAAUGUGUACUUGAUCUUUUGUUCCCAGAUCCUCCAGUCACAUUUAAACUUGUAAAAGGAAAUGGUCCUAUCCAUCUAUUGGGAAAUCAUUCAGUUGGUAUAGCUGGUGAAGGAAUGGCCGAUGAAGAAGAUGAUGAUGAAAUCGAUGAAGAAUUUGAAGAGGAAGAAGAAGAAAUUGAGGAUGAAAAAAAUAGUGUAGAUGAAAAGAAACGUAAAAUAGCAGCAAAUUCAAAUUCAAAGGGUGGUAAAGCAGCCAAGAGGCCUAAAAUUGAUAACGAAGUAGAUUAAUUAAACUGAACAUCAGGCUUAAUGUUCCUGGAUGUGUAAAUUCCAAAUGAAACAAGAGACACUGUCCUCUGGUGUUAAUUUAUUUAACAAUUAAGGUUUUUUAAUUUCAAAUUGUUUUUUUAGUCUGACCUCUGUAUGUAAUAGUUAGGACAUUUUAACUUAAAAUAAGGCUAUCCUAUCUGUUAUCCGCAUAUAGAAAUCCAGAAUAUUGAAAUUACUAAAAUUAUAUAUUCAUAAUGUCUGA